GUGCACUGGGGCAAUGUUGUAGUUUGUAGGAGCUGCCUGGAGCAGGACGUGAGGUGACCUGCUCGCUUUUAUUCCUGCCUGACGCCUCUUUCUGUAGUUCUGCUAAAAAACAAACCUCAACAUGGUCCAGCGAAACUAACCAGCUGCCCGACGUUGGUGGAGAUCCGAGUCGCUCACCGUGAUGCUUGACUGGGCCGAGGAGUGAAACACAUUCCUGAAGGAGUUGAGGGCUGCUGUCUUAAGCUUAUGAGAAACCAGCCUGCUGACAACAUGCCCAUCAAGAUGGCCACCAGCUUUUCUUGCCCUCACUGCAAUAGCUCAGGAAAAAGAUGUGUGUUGCCAUGGUGAUCAUAUACAAGAAAACACUGGAAAAGAAGGGUGCCGACGAUGUAGCAUCCAAAAGUACAGAUUUGGGACCGUUUCAGGCACAGACCAUGAGCCAAGGGACUGCACUUUUCUCUUGCGGAUUCAUGGAGACAAGCCGGUGGCAUGAGCUGGGUCACAGCUGUGCCAUACAGCAGAGGCCAGUUGGGACCAGCCUGGAGAGCCUGUGGGACGUCCUGCCUGAGGUGCAUAAAACUUCUGCCCACUGGGGUUGGGAUGUUGGCUCCACCUCAAGCACAAUCACCAGCUUGUUGCAAGACCUCAGCCUGACAGAGGCUGUGUCCUCGCACUCCACCGCACCCCCCAGCAAGCGGCAGUGCCGGUCCCUGUCUUGCUCAGAUGAGCUUGGUGGUUGCCGCUCCACCUGGCGCCCUCAGGGCUCUCGUGUUUGGACAACAGUGGAGAAGAGGAGGUGCCACAGCGGAGGCAGUGUCCAGCGUGGUGGUGUUGUGAACGUGCAGCUCGGCUUCCCCGUCAUGCAACGUAGCUCCAGCUUCAGCCUGCCCGCCCGGUCCAACACUGUGGAGCUGCCCUGUUUCACCCAAUAUCUCCCCUGCCCCUCUGUCUUCACCGGCCUGGCGCCCUCCUCCUCCAUGCCCCUGUCUUCCGAACCCUUGGUGCAGCCCCUCUACCUCUCAGAUGAACAGAUCUGCCUCCCUGAGCCUCGUGGACCCUCACCAACCAGCUCCCCUGACUCUACUCCAGAGCUGGAGCGCCGUGGUGGACCGGGGGGCCUCGCCCGUAGUCGCUCACAGCCGUGUGUCCUCAAUGACAAGAAGAUUGGUGUGAAGCGCAGAAGACCAGCUGACACACAAAAACAGAGGCCUUCUUUGGACCUGGCAAAGAUGACCCAGAAACUUCGGAAUUUCCACAGCCUUAGCUGCCCAGGAAUCAUAGGCGAAGACAGCUGCGAGUCAAGCCAGGCCCUCCCUACUCUCAGGAGCACCGCUCAGUGCAACACUGAUGACUCAUCUGCAAACGUACACGGCUUGGAGUACGUUCAGCCUCAGACCAAAGAGGGCGAGAUCACCAGGAACGUGUCGUCAGAUCCCACCAUUGAGGAGGUGGACUGGAACUCCGCAGACUACGGCGACGUGACACCAGGGACGACCAAUGGGAAGGACAGUGAGCCUCUGUGGGCGGGGUUGUGUAGCAUGAGGAAGGAUGUGUAUCAGCUCGGAGGCGAGCUCGACAUUGAGCAAAUUGAGAGGAACUGAGCUGCACUGUCUUCCUCUCAGGGGAAGCUAAUUUAGGGGACUGAAAGUUUAUCACUAGGUGGUACAAUAAACAGAACUGAUAGUCUUAAGGGCAAAGCAAGUGGAUAGCAAAUGCAGCGAGCGUUCUAGCACUUGGUUUUUUUUCUUUUCUCAAGGAGAGAUUGAGCAGGAGCUUUUUUGGCUAAACACCCAUUUUUGGGGACUUUGUGUAGUCAGAAGCUACUCCCUCACUGUGUGGUAUCUGAACUGUGUCUCAGGAGAACAAAGAAGUUGGAGAGGACAGAUUCAGGUGGAGAUAAUAGAACUGAUAAAUAUAAAAAUUAUAUAUUAAUGUUGGCUCAGAGACUGGGGUCUUUAACAUUUUUCUGUAACCCUGAUUACCUUCAUUGUACUACAUUUGGAGAGAAUUCACAGCAGGUUUGUAUAAAUUCUCUGCACCAGAACAAGUGUCCGUUCCACUGACCGCCUUCAAUUGUACAUGGGUACAUGAUGGACAGAAAUGGGGACUACUUCGAGAGCUACUGUUAGUAAACCCCCCUUCACUCUUACUGAGCAACAGGCUGCACGCACAAACAACCUGUAAUAUAUAUUGAAGAGCUUAACAUUUCACACAGUAACAUCAGGCUUCUCUCCGAGAUCUAUGCUCCCGUUUGUUCGAGAGAAACUUUGUGAUGCUAAUAGCGUUAAUAUUCUUUCUUUUUACGAUUUGUAACUACAAAGUUAUGUAAAAACUUGAGCAUAUUUCUAUACAAAUAAACACAGUUUUAAAUGUGUCA